CGCCGAGGCGGCGACUGCGGUAGGAAGAAGGAAGUGUUGGACGAGUUGGCCCACCACCGCUAUACGUUGCGCCUCAUUUCAACUCAAAAUGAACUAUAUGCCCGGCACCGCUAGCCUCAUCGAGGACAUCGACAAAAAGCACUUGGUUCUGCUUCGAGAUGGAAGGACUCUUAUAGGCUUUUUAAGAAGCAUUGAUCAAUUUGCUAACUUAGUGCUACAUCAGACUGUGGAGCGUAUUCAUGUGGGCAAAAAAUACGGUGAUAUUCCUCGAGGGAUUUUUGUGGUCAGAGGAGAAAAUGUGGUCCUACUAGGAGAAAUAGACUUAGAAAAGGAGAGUGACACACCCCUCCAGCAAGUGUCUAUUGAAGAGAUCCUGGAAGAACAGAGGGUGGAGCAGCAGGCCAGGCUGGAAGCCGAGAAGCUGAAGGUUCAGGCCCUUAAGGACCGAGGCCUCUCCAUCCCCCGAGCAGAUACUCUGGAUGAGUAUUAAGUCUUUUGCUCAGAGGCUGUUGCUCUUGGGGAGCAGGGGCUGUCACUAAAUGAAAGUGGAGUCCUGAUCACCUUUGACUCAAGACUGUAAAGCUUUGAAAAGCCAUUUUUAUUUUGAAUUCUUUCCCAUGUGCAACAUGAAGAAAUCAUGUGUUUGGGGUUUUUGUUUUUUUUUUUUCUUUCUUUUUAAUAACAAAAUCACCAUUUGAAGAAACAGUGGCAUGGACUCAUUUCACACGUCAUUGUGGAGCCAGCAGCUGCUUUUCUGUAUUAAUCUCCUCACCCCACAUUGGAGGAUUUAGGGGACAGUCUUCAUUUACUUGUAAAUAAAGGAUGGGGUCUAAAAUUUUC